AUGAGACACGACCUAUCAGUCCCGAACCUUCUUAAACUAACGUCAUUCGUUCUAUGGAACUGGUUAUACUUUUUUACGGUCGAAUAUGCGCCAGACAAGAGCCCUGAAUGGUGCUGCAGGGUAAUAACAUUUCUGCAUGGUAGCGUCGCCACUGCCGUCGGCCUAACUCAAUGCCAGUUCCGAAAUUUGGCACCAUGGCAUUUCAGCAGAAAGUUAUCAGCGUGUCAGUACUUUUUGAUGGUAUGGUCCUGGGGCUACUUCGCCUUCGACCUGUUAUGGUGCUUGGUGUACUGGACCGAGAGUGUUGUGAUGCUGCUCCACCACAUCACCGCUCUGGUCGCCAUCACUAGGUACAUGCAGAAAGACUGUGCAGGGUGCACCUACUCGUGUACUCUAGUAUUGUUAGAGAUUACCAAUCCUGUACUGCAAACAAGAUGGUUUCUCAAGCAUGAAGGAUACGGGAACACAACAUUUUAUUUCAUAGUAGAAGUCCUUUACCUCAGCAUGUUCCUCGUCCUUCGAGGGAUAUUGGGCACCUACCUCAUGUACUAUGUAUUCAAUACGGGAUACUUCGAUUGGGAGGAAAAAGUUCUAUCACUCACGUUCUAUGUUGUUUCCCUGGCGUUUGUUUACGAUAUAGCUGGAUAUAUACGUUACAAGUACAGAAACGAGAUAAGUGAGUUUAGAGAAUUCUACUAUGCAACCCAAAUUUAUACUGAGUCUGAAGAAUUUCGACGGAGGGCACUAACACAUUCCGAAAUUUUAAACACAAUGUAG